GCGGUCGAGACAUGGACAAGGUUCUACGUCGGAGUCCGGGUACAUCAGCUGCCCAUCUUCGCCGCUCUACCCGCGUCUGAGUCUGAUGAGCUUUACGGGUCGUUUGCCGAGGCUUGGCAGACACCGUAUCACCGUCAGCGGUGAGGGAGCGCAGCAGAGUGGCGCUAGACGGGGAGCCGAGUGCAUGCCGGCAGUUGCUCUCGCCUUUUGCGGCGCGGGCGAUGUGCCGGGCGGCGGGGAGCCCUCGCCUGUUUCUCCUGUUUACCCCUUUUUACCCCAGAAGACGCACGGCGCGACCAAGGCACCAGAUGGCGCAGGGCAAAAGCGGAAGCACUCCUGUCCCGCCUUUGCUCCCCCGCCCUGCUUCACCCGCUCAGGGCACUGGAGGACUACCCGCCUCCGCACUUCGAUCACCUCCCGUCUACUGCCCAAGGAGGGACAUGGCCACUGCUCUGCCCCACCCCCACCCCCAAUUUUCCCCACCCUCUCUGACAUGCACACAGUCUGCAAAGAUGACCGGGGCCUGCCUAGUGUCCUUGUCCCAUCGUGUGAGCAAGGAUGAGCAAAGGGGUAUAUAACCCCACCUCCCUCGACACCCUGGCUUUCCCCUCUUCUCUUUUCCAUACGCACCUUCCUCCUACACUCGGGGUCCCUCAUCUACUCCAUCCUUCCGACUCCUGACCUCUCCCUCCCCAUCCCUCUCCGUUCCUAUCGCACAAUAUGAUGGACCCAACGCGAGGUCUCUUCAAGGUCCCCACCAAGGGAGCGAAUUGCUCAGCGUGCAGGUGCUUCCCUCAACCCCUUCACCCUCC